CUACGCGCUAGAGAAGGUAGCUGCCGAUGCUUAUUGGAAGUGAGUAAGCUAAUGUAGCAGGAAAGCGACUGUUUCCUAUAGAGCUUGCCAGAAUUACGCCAUUAAUGGCUACCCUCAGAGGUUUAAUUUUACUACACCUCCAUCCUCUCCAGGUCCUCCCUAACACCUAACAUAAUCCACAAUACAAGCCGCAAUGAAUCCCACGCUUGCAUUCCCACAAGCCCCAACGAUGAGAACAUACCACCACCCCACACCAACAGGCCAAAUCUACAUCCUCGACUCCAACCCCUCCCCCUCCAAUACACCCCCUCAUCCCACUCCCAAGCCAACCCUCCUCCUCAUCCACGGAAACAGCUCCUGCAUCCGAAUCUGGCACCCCCUCCUAACAUCCACCCCGCUAACACAAACCCACCGCGUCCUCGCCCUCGACCUGCCCGGCCACGGAUGCUCCGAUGACGCCUCUACACCGGGCGAUGUAUACACGAUGCACGGGUACGCGGGGUGUAUACUCGAUCUCCUGACUACGCUAGACGUACAUCGCUUUUCGGUGUUGGGGUGGAGUUUAGGCGGCCACGUCGCUCUCGAGAUGUUAUCUCUUAUCCGGUCAAACCCGUCGUCAACGUCGAAGUUAGACUCGAAGUCAACGUCAGGGUCCACGCUGGAAACAGAAAUUGAUAUCAAGGGUGUCAUGCUGGUCGGGACACCACCUAGCUACACCCGGUCCCAAGUGGCACGAGCGUUCACUAAAGACCCGCCCUGUCCGGCGCUGCCCCUUGCUAGCAAAGAUACCCUUACUACUGAUGAAAUCUGUAUGUUCGCUACCGCGAUUACGGGACCGCCCUUUGAGAGCUGGCAGGUUGAUGCCGUGGCCCGGACGGACGGUGUCUCGAGAGAAACCAUGUUCGUGACGUUUGCGGCCGGAGGGGGCGUUGAUCAAGUCGGUGUUGUUGAAGACGAGGCAGCUAGAGGGGACGAGGGGGUGGUGUUUUCUGUUGUGAAUGGGGUGGAGGAUCCGUUUAUUAAUUUGGAUUAUGUGGAUGGACUGGGGUGGGGGAGGUUGGUUGGUGGGGAGUGCGUGAGGAUGGAGGGGUUGGGACAUACGCCGUUUUGGGAGGAUGUGGAGAGGUUUUUUCCUUAUUUGAUGGAGUUUCUGGGGGUGUGUGAGAAGUGAACAUGAUGUUUGUAUAGAGGGAGGAGUGGUGGAUCUAUGUUCAGCUCUCUGGGAUUGAUCGUCAUGAGAUAGCUUCGGGGUGGAUCAGUGGACCCAAGGCAUCGAGCAGCAUAGUAUUUGGCAACGUUGCGUUGGGGUAAGAGG